AUGACCGGGGAGAAGAUCCGCUCCCUGCGGAGGGACCACAAGCCCAGCAAAGAAGAAGGGGACCUGCUGGAGCCGGGCGAUGAGGAAGCGGCGGCUGCCCUCGGCGGCACCUUUACCGGAGGCAGGAUUGGCACCGGCGGCGGCGGCAAGGGCGGCAGAGCCUGUCAUAAGAUCUUCAGUAACCAUCACCACCGGCUGCAGCUGAAGACAGCUCCGGCCGCCUCCACUGCCCCCGGCGCCCCGGCCCUGCCGCUGCACAAUUCCGCUGUGACCGCCGCCUCCCAGUCCCCCGCUCUCCUAGCGGGCACCAGCCCCCUCGCUGUCGUCGCAGAUGGAGGCACUUGCCCCGCUCACUACCCGGUGCACGAGUGCGUCUUCAAGGGGGAUGUGAGGAGACUGUCCUCCCUCAUCCGCACGCACAAUAUCGGGCAGAAAGAUAAUCACGGAAACACUCCUUUACAUCUCGCUGUGAUGUUAGGAAAUAAAGAAUGUGCCCAUUUACUUUUGGCUCACAAUGCUCCAGUAAAGGUGAAAAAUGCUCAGGGAUGGAGCCCGCUGGCGGAAGCCAUCAGCUAUGGAGAUAGACAGAUGAUUACAGCUCUUUUAAGGAAGCUUAAGCAGCAGUCCAGGGAAAGUGUUGAAGAAAAACGACCUCGAUUAUUAAAAGCCCUGAAAGAGCUAGGUGACUUUUAUCUGGAACUUCACUGGGAUUUUCAAAGCUGGGUGCCUUUACUUUCCCGAAUUCUGCCUUCUGAUGCGUGUAAAAUAUACAAACAAGGUAUCAAUAUCAGGCUUGACACUACUCUCAUAGACUUUACUGACAUGAAGUGCCAACGAGGGGAUUUAAGCUUCAUUUUCAAUGGGGAUGCGGCACCCUCUGAAUCUUUUGUAGUAUUAGACAAUGAACAAAAAGUUUAUCAGCGAAUACACCAUGAGGAAUCAGAGAUGGAAACAGAAGAAGAGGUUGAUAUUUUAAUGAGUAGUGAUAUUUACUCAGCAACUUUAUCAACCAAAUCAAUUUCUUUUACACGUGCCCAAACAGGAUGGCUUUUUCGGGAAGAUAAAACAGAAAGAGUAGGAAACUUUUUGGCAGACUUUUAUCUGGUGAAUGGACUUGUUUUAGAAUCAAGAAAAAGAAGAGAACAUCUCAGUGAAGAAGAUAUUCUUCGAAAUAAGGCCAUUAUGGAGAGUUUGAGUAAAGGUGGAAACAUAAUGGAACAGAAUUUUGAGCCGGUUCGAAGACAGUCCCUUACCCCUCCUCCUCAGAACACUAUUACAUGGGAAGAGUAUAUAUCUGCUGAAAAUGGAAAAGCUCCUCAUCUGGGUAGAGAACUGGUGUGCAAAGAAAGUAAGAAAACCUUUAAAGCCACGAUAGCCAUGAGUCAGGAAUUUCCCUUGGGAAUUGAGUCAUUAUUGAAUGUUUUGGAAGUAAUAGCUCCCUUCAAGCACUUUAACAAGCUUAGAGAAUUUGUUCAGAUGAAGCUUCCUCCAGGCUUUCCUGUAAAACUAGAUAUACCUGUGUUUCCUACCAUCACAGCCACUGUGACUUUUCAGGAGUUUCGAUACGAUGAAUUCGAUGGUUCCAUCUUUACUGUACCUGAGGACUACAAGGAAGACCCGAGCCGUUUUCCUGAUCUUUAGCUGACACGGAAAAGGAUGCCAUCUAACCAAGGAAAGCAAAAGAAUGCAGAGACCUCAGAAGUGAAUCCAAAUAGAAGGGACAAAUGCUUUCAGUGAAGAAAAGGGAAUUACAUUGAAUCGACACAUCAGUAAUAUGAUAUAAUGAAAUGGACCUCUAAGAGAAUUUUAGCAAGUUUUCUGAUGUGCCAUUUUCAAUCUUUUUAAAAAUAUACAUACAUAAGCGUAAUAGUUUGACACCUUAAUGACCCUAAGUCCUUCUUAUGUAAAACAGCUCUGAGUGCUGUGAUUUGUUUUUAAAAAUUUUUACACUUCUUGUUGAAAUAUAUAUGCAUAUAAGUAUAUCUAUAUCUAUAUCUAAAACACUCCUGGACCAUUAACAUAAAUUAAAUGUCUUAAGAGAUAUGAAGCCCUUUUAAACUUGUCAUCUUAUAUUCAAGGUGACAUUUAUAAAUAUUCCUUCAAGCUUUGUUUUCAUAAAAUGUAAACUAUGUAACAUUAUGUAUAGUUCAGUAAUUUGAAUGUUUGUUCAAUAUAAUGAACUAGAAGGAAUGCAGUUUUCUGUAGAUGAAUGAACCAAAUGGUAACCAUUAAACAAUUGCAUUUUAUAUGUUGCAAUACAUUCAGAAGAAGCGUUCACUCUGCAGGGAAUAAGGUACCUCCUUUAGCACCUUAGUGCAAUUCAUUGUGGUGCUAUUUGUUUUUACCUGAAUUCUUUCUUCAAUGGAAAAUGUUUGUUACUAAUCUUCCUUUCAUAGAACCUCUAUUUUUUUUUUUCUAAACUUGAGUUUAAAAGUCCUUUUGGUGUUGAUGAUAAGGUAUGGUUAGCAUGCUUAAAGAUAUUCCUCUUCCAAAUCUCAGCACUUUAAAAAAAAUUCCAAAUUUUUAAAUGUGCUUCCUAAUAAGUGCACAUCAUUCUGAUUAUUUGCUUUGUAGUGGAAUAUGGAUGCAUUCAUGUCAGUUUUAAAAAAGAACUCACAUAUUUUGGACAUCCCUACAUAUUUAAUACUUUCAAAGUAAGGUAAAAACAUUUUAUAUGCUAACAGAAUAUAUUUGUUACAAGUUAAAUUCCAGAAACAUACACAAGAUCGACAAUUCCUACUGUUUAUUUUUUUAAAUCACAAGAAAAUAUUUAUUGAUUUUAAUUAUCUCCAAAGUGUUAAAAUCAUGCAUUACUCAUUUUUGCACUUAAAAUUUUUCAUAUUUAUUCCAAGAUGGUUUGAAGGUCCAAGAAUGAAAAUAAAUUAGGGAGAAUAAUGUGUAACGGUCAUCAAAUGUUAUGUUUUAUUAAAGAGCCUAGCUGAAAAAAUGUUUUUUAAAUGUAUCCUGAUAAAUGCAUCUGUCAAGUUUUUUAGAGUGACCGGUAGUUUAAACUUUUUCCAGGAUUUUAAAUAAUUUGAAUGAGUUUAGAGACCUUUAUUGAAGAGAUGAUUUAUUUAAAAAAUCCAAAGCAUCAACCAUAAGAAAAUUUUUAUAAUAAACAUCUUUAAAGCUGCA